GCUCAGAAGCAGACGGCCGAGCAUGUCCGUCCGUCUGUCCAGGGCUUUGCUCGCCCCUCGCUUCCAGGCGGCCACGGCCGUGGUCGGUGCCCUGCUCACUCUUGGGGUGCUGCUGCCCACGGCCGCCUUCCCCUGCGGAGCCCCGCACCGGGACAACACCACGGCAUCGACGCUGCUGGGGACGUGGCUAUACGUGGCCGGGGCUGCCGAGUUCCCUCAGCACGUCCUGGAGAUGCUGCUCAUCGACCACGGCUACCUCCACGUGGAGCCCCACACCGCGGGCCAGGAGCUGCUCAUCACCCAGCACGUCGCAGUGGGUGACCAGUGUCUCACCAACAACUCCACCUACUUUGAAAUCUCCACCGGUAACGCCACGCUGGUGAAGCACACCAAGACCCAACAAACUGUGGGGACACUGGCGAACCUCAGCUCUGAAGAUGUUUUACUCAUCCAAUACCAACUGCAGAGGGAAAGGACAUACUUGGGACUGUAUCUCUAUGCCCGAAACCUGAGCGUGAGCACAUCCCACCGGGAAGAGUUUGAGCACCACGCCCGGUGCCUGGGGCUGAGCAAGGAGGAGAUCGUCUAUGCGCCGUGGAACACGGAGCUGUGUCAAGUGAAAGAGAUGGAAAAAGGAAACAGCCCACCCAUGGAGCCCACAGAAGUGAUCACAGCAUCACCUCCUCCAGGUACCCACCAGCCCUGA